ACUUGGCUGGCUGAAAGGAAGUAAAGUAAAGUAAAGCACUAAAGUAAUGGCAAGCUAGCAAGCUCUCUCUCAUCUCAUCUCAUACUUUUACGUAACUAUACAUACACGAUUGGAAUGAACUACUGGACUGGACUGAAAAUGUGUGUAUGCGAGUGAAUGGACCGAAUUCCCUCAAAAGAUAAAGGUUGUAUAUUGUAGACAGGAAGACAGACAAAUCACUCUCACUCAACACGAAUACGAUCCUGAGUAGUGUGUGUGUAUAUCUUUCUUUCUUUUAAAUAAAAGCAGCUCGAGCCGUGGUAAAACCAAACGUGAAAGAAAAUCAAAUAAAUAUACAGAGUCAAAUUGUUGCAGGAGAGGAAAAAGUACGUACGUACGGGUAGCUCAACAAAACUCUCAUUAAAUUAUAGAUAUACCGUGUUAAAAAGUAAGUAAUGACAGUCAGAGAGCAAUCAUCUCAUCAUUACUCAUUAAGAUUUAGGCAAAUAAUAAUUAUGAUGAUGAUUAACCUUUCCGUCUUCUUGGCAAGUUAAGUUGUAGUAAGUAUCGUCACGUUCAAAUGUUGGUUACCAUACACAAGACCAGACGGGGACAAAGUCAUUACAUGAAUCUGUAAUUAAUUCCUAAAGUUUGACUCAGACGAGAGAGACGAGAGUGGAUUGCUGCUGCUGCUGAGUGAAAAUUUCUAAACCAAGUCAGACGUUUUAAGCAAUGAGAUCAUGAUAAUGUGCAAAUAAGGAAGAAUUGUUAUUAUACGGACAAUAAAAAGACUGAUCUACUUAUUAUUACUACCAAAGAGAGAGAGAGAGAUAGAACUGAUCUUCUUUUCUUGCUUGAUGUGUUUGUUAUGUGUGAAUCGUAAAAGUCAAGAUAAUUAUUUUAUAAAGUGAUCGUUAAUACUGCAAGUCUGACAUCAUCGGGGUACAAGUUCUACCCACUUUGUUGAAAUGUGAAUCCAAAUUACGUAAUUCUGUAUAAAAAGCCUCAUGUGAUCUGUCUAUGCAUAUGUAAAUCUUGAGAAGGUUGGGCAGGAUAUUAAAAUCUCAUAGUUAUACUCAUCUGCAAAUCAAAUAUUCUGGAAAAUUUCACUUUCAAAAUGACACGUAAUGCCUACAAUCCGGAAAAGUUGAAGAUGGCGAGAAGAAAAAGUGAAAAACGGCGAGAAAAUCGAUAAGGAAAUUUUAUGUGUAAAGUGCCAACUACUUAAAAAUCCCGUGAAAAAGACCUUUUUCUUUUCGUUUUAAAUCGUCACGUAUCAUGGCACACACAUUGAUCGAGGGGAAACGAUUCUUCUGUCGUGAGUGGGUCUUCUCCAAGAUCCUCCACUGCCUAGAAAGUGUGCAACGACGUCGUGGCGAUGACGACAAUGCUGGACGGAGCGGUCUUGGCGUACUCAUCAUGUCCGGACCAGGAGGAGGAAAGACGGCCAUCUGCUCGGAAAUCGUGUCCCCUACCUUGUCCCACGGGAAGCAAUUGGCCCUUCGGAAACGUCUCCUCGCCUACCACUUUUGCCAAUCCCAUGACCUCAACACUCUCUCGGUUGCUCAGUUCCUGGCCCAUCUAGUCCAACAAUUGGUGGAUAGCGAGUUGUUGGUCGGCUACGCGGAGAAGGUGCAGGAUGAGGAUGUGUCCCUGAAAACGAUGGGAGAGGAUCCCGACGUGGCGUUUAAGCGUCUCGUCGCCUUUCCUCUGUUGGAGAUAGAUGCCCCCAAACAUCCCUGCUUCCUCCUCAUCGACUCCAUUGACGAGUCUUGUAUCACGGGAACUCCCACCUCGUCAACCGCGACAUCGUCCAAAACUUGUCCGUCAGCAAUUAGUAGCACGAUUGGGGAAUUGUUGGGGACGCAUUGUCACCUCCUCCCUCCGUGGCUGGUCCUCAUCUGUACAGCAAGGAAACACAGCAAGUCCAUUUCUAAGUUGUUUUCCGGGUUUCGUAAAAUUAGUUUGGAUGAUUUAAGAAAGUCUCAGGUCGUGAGAGACGUGCAGCAGUACAUCCUCUCCAGACUGGACCAAGACUACUCUUUGCGACAACACAUUCGCCGUGAAACGGCGGAAAUGCUGAAUCAACUCCAUAUUAAGAGCAACGGUUGCUUUCUUUACUUAGAGAAAGUGUUGGACGGGAUCUCAGAGAAUUUUAUUGUUUUGCGAGAAAUCAGGGAAAUACCGGGCACGCUGUUCGGCCUUUAUUUGUGGCUCUGUCAAAGAUUGUUUACCAAGAAACAAUUUAGCAAAGUUCAGCCUAUUCUUUGUAUUUUACUCGCGUCAAGAACACCAAUGCAAGAGAGUGAGAUAUACGCUUGCCUCCAAACACGCUAUAUUUCCAUAAGCAAGGAAGACUUUCUAAAACGAAUUCACGUCCUUCGUCGCGUGCUAAUUAUCUCACCGGAAGGUUACCACACCCUUUUUCAUCACAGCUUCUCGGAAUGGUUCCUGGAUGUCAAAUACUGCACUCAAAAGUAUUAUUUAUGUCAGGCGGCAGAAGGUCAUUUGAUGAAAGCGUUGCACCUUGCGGCUCGUGCCUCUGAACUCAAACCGGACCAAGUCGCCGACCUGGCUCACCAUUUAGCAAAUUCCACAAAGUUUUUCAGUGAUCCGAAUCUAAUCCCUGUGUUCCUACUUUCCCUCGGAGUCACAGUUUUCUCCCAAGACUUCAACCUGCACUCGUACGACGUAAAGGUGCACAAACUGCUGGCAAAGUGUGGCGUAAAGAGGGAGGUUUUUGCUGUAGGUGGUACUAGUAGUGAUCAAGCUGCAGAGACAAACGUUGUGACAAAUACCACUACCACCGCUGCCGCCUUUACCGACGUGGUUGGGGGUGUGGAUAACAUUAACUAUGAACAGGGUGGUGGGGAAGCACCCUGUGAAAACUUGGAGGAACCUUCACUAUUGAUUCCCGACGAGGACGCGGAAGAUCUUGGGGAGAAGGAUGGCAUCAGUAUAGAAAUGAUUGGUGACAUAAAUCAUACUGAUUACAAUCAACGAACCCCACUUCAUAAUGCAGCCAAUGAUGGAAAUUUACAAAUUGUCGAAUUGCUGAUUACUCAUGGAGCUUCGCUAGAAGCGACUGACCGUCACGGAAGGACCCCUCUGAAUCUAGCAGCUCGUCAGGGUCAUGAAACUAUUGUGAAAGCUCUCAUUGAAGCCAAGGCAGAUGUAAACCAUGCUGAUCAUGAUGGAUGGACACCACUUCGCUCAUCUGCGUGGGCUGGGCAUGUAGGCGUUGUGGAUAUCCUUCUCCAAAGCAAAGCUGCUGUUGACUUGACUGAUGGUGAUGGUCGAACUGCGUUGAGAGCUGCGGCAUGGGGUGGACACGAAGAGGUCGUUAACUCUCUCCUUCGAGCAGGAGCGUCUCCCUCCCUUCCAGACAAUGAAGGCCGAACCCCUCUUAUUGCGGCGGCUUAUAUGGGCCACGCAGAUAUCGUGGAUAAGCUCUUGUAUGCUGGAGCGGAUGUAAAUCAUGCAGAUUCAGAUGGGAGAACUGCCCUCUCCGUGGCUGCAUUAUGUGUUGCAGCCAGUCAAGGACAUUUGAAAGUGGUGAACCUGUUGCUGGAAAGGAAUUCGGAAGUUGACCAUCAAGAUCGUGAUGGAACCACGCCUCUUUUAGUUGCUGCUUUUGAGGGUCACAAAGAAGUAUGUGAACUACUCUUGGAAUUCGAAGCAGAUGUUGAUGCCGUCGACAAAGCUGGUCGAACUCCUCUCUGGGCUUCCGCGUCUAUGGGACAUGCCGGAGUUUGCGAACUGCUCUUGUUCUGGGGAGCGUAUGUUGAUCACAUUGACGGCGAAGGGCGAACUGUACUCUCAGUUGCUGCAGCUCAGGGUAACGUCAGCGUUGUUCGACUUCUUCUUGCAAGAGGUUUAGAUGAAGGACAUCGGGACAAUGCUGGUUGGACACCGCUUCAUUACAGCUCAUUUGAAGGUCACCAGGAAGUGACAGAAGUAUUGUCGGAAUCAGGUGCAAAGUUGAACGAGGUGGACAACGACGGGAAGCAUGCCCUUUUGCUCGCUUCCCAAGAGGGACACAUUUCUGUGGUGGAGACCCUGCUAAACCUUGGGGCAGAUAUUAACCAAAGAUCUCACGAUGGGAGAACUGCACUCAGGGCUGCAGCAAUUGAAGGAUAUAGAGACGUUGUUCAGUUAUUGGUUCAUCGAGGAGCGGAUGUUAACUAUAGAGAUGCUGAUGGCAGAAGUACACUUUACCUCUUGGCGUUAGAAAGUCGCACAUCAAUGGCUCAAUUUGUGAUUCGCUGCGGAGCUGACGUGGAAGAUAGAGAUCUGGAAGGCAGAACCCCUCUUCAUGUCAGUGCGUGGCAAGGACAUUUAGAAAUGGUGGAAUUGCUAGUGUCUGCGGGUGCAGAAGUCAACGCUGUGGACAAUGAUAGAAGGACACCGUUACAAAGCGCUAGUUGGCAAGGUCAUGGUGAGAUCGUGCGACUUUUGUGUGAAAGGGGUUCCAAAAUUGACCAUACGUGCAAUCAGGGUGCUACUGCGCUGUGCAUUGCUGCACAAGAAGGCCAUCUCGAAUGUGUCCGUACUCUUCUGGAAUGGGGUGCAAAUCCAAUGCAUUCUGAUAGAUGCGGACGAACACCGGUUCGCGUGGCGCUGAAAAGUGGUCACUCUUCCAUAUCGAAAUUAUUGGAGGAAGUUGCGCUGGCCAGAAGUAAAACAUUAAUGGCCAAAGGACUAAAUGCCUCUGAAUGGGAGACGCCAAUAUCUGACGAAACGUCCGACUUGAACAAAGCAUCAUUCAGCUCUGCAGGGUUUUAUCGCUCGUCCCACACCACUUCAGGAAGCUACGAGCCGCAAAGUACAAGUUAUGAAGCUGAAAAGAGAAAGUCAGCCCCCUCAAGCACGGGAAACACUGCUCUCACGCCAGGAUCAAAACCAUUCUUGCCCGAACCAGAAAGCUUCAGUUCUUCAAAACAAGCCAAAUCAUCUUCCGAUUCAACAUCAUCUAAACAAUAUGGACUUUCUUUUACACAGCAAGUUCAACAAAUGUCGAGACACAAGGGUCGUCCAGGAAGUCGCCUGCUUUCUCCACUACAGGAACCUCACAGUCCAAUUUACGCUUCCCCUCCUCAGUCUCCGUCUAGUGAUAGCGUCAAUGACGACAGAAUUAGUCCACUUAAUGCUUUCUCUAACGUUACCAGUUACCAUUCUAAUGAAUUCAAGUCAAAACCACCAGCAGAGUUACCUCGUGCAGGAAACGCCACCGCCACAAACACCACUACCGCAGCAACAGAAUCCCCCAUAACUGUUGGCAAUGGUUGUAGUGGCCUCCAGUCAUUUGCUUUUAAUAGAGACUCACAUAUGAAGAUAAUUUUGGGAAGUACAGAAAAUGGUGGAAAUAACAGAAACUCUAGGAAAAACGGGAUGGUAAGCAGCACCAAUAGUGGACUAAUCAAUGCGACGAGUGCAAUUCGCAGUGGCCUAACUGCCCUAAAGGCUGGCGUUCUCGAGGCAGCGUCAGGGCGUCGAAACCAGCACAAUAACGACUCGCCCCUCGUCAGCGCAAAGAACGAUGUCCUCGUCAGCGCAGCGUCCAUGGCCGUACCUAAUCUCCUAGUGAAAAAGAAGUCGGGGAAGAGCGAAGGCAACUCUAUCCUCCCUUGGAAGAGGGAAACUCCCUUGUAGUAGGAGCAGGAGCAGUAGUCACCAUUAAAUACCAUUAAUGCUUACUAAGAUAAUUGAGCAAUAAUCAUUUACAGAUUUACAGGUUGGAGGACAUGUACGAUAUGGAGCUAACAUGUCUACCAACCAACCAACCAACUAACUACCUAGAUCAUCUACUUAAGUAUGAGAGAUAUGUGAGAAAUGAGACCCUUGUACCAGUUAAAAACAAUUAGUAUUAAAUAUUGAGUCAGAGGCUACAAACUUACCCGCAACAAGGUCACCAAACACAAAGAAAAAGAUAAUAUUUUCACUUGACAGUUACCAGAAAAUACUAAUUAAUUUCUAGUAUACACUACCACACCACUACUUGCUAAAUACUGUCUGCAAAUUAUUAUUAACUUAUUUACUCAAAGAAAAAGCAAGCAAAACGCACGGCUCAAAAAUCAUGAUGCAAUAUAGUCACUUAACUGGACGUAGAUUUUACACUUCUCGAAACUGUAUUCCUUUUUCCGGCCUAUAGAAGAUGAUCUGAUGAAAAAACUAGUGCUUGAAAACAUAAUGUGCCAAUAAUUGUUUAAUUUGCUUGGAGACAAAAUUGCAUACUCUUACAUAUCCAGCUACUUAUGCAGUUGCUCUUUCGUUUAAUUUUUAUUUAUUUUAUUUUUCACCGUCAAUAUUUUCCAUUAGUAGCUCAGCUAAGUAGAUUCGUCAUUAACGAAUUGUUAAAAUACUCAUUUCAUUCUUACGUAUGUGUUGACUUUCUCUCAUUUAUAUGGCUUAACAGUCAAUCAGUUGCAUGCAUCUGGGGUCUCAAUUAUAUACAAUGUAUGUACAAGAUAUAUAGUAAAAUGAGACUGAGAAUGGAAUUUUACAUGCCUCACAGCGUGAUAAAAUCGACAAGUAUGUAUACGGCAGUUUCACAAUCUCUAGUUGACAUAAUAUAACAAAAUAAUACUGUUUUUGCCAAUUUAAAGCUUUGUCACAACCCAACCUAGCUACCAAACUACACAUAUUAUUAAUUAAAAAUUAGUUAAUUUGUAAUCAGAAAAUUAUUUAAAAACCAAAUUUUAUCUUGACAUGAACUUAUUUUACACUUUUGUUAUUUCCUUAUGAUUCUACCAAUUCCAGACGAACUUAUCAUUUUGCUAUGCCUAGCAAGCCUUGCUUACUUAUAAAUAGACACCUUAUCUACAACUUCUAAUUACUUUCCCUCACUGGACGAAACUUGAGAGCCUAUUAUUAUAUGUAUGAUAACAUUUACCACUCCUAGUCAGGUACAGGUAAAAAGAAAAAGUAAACGUUGAGUCAGUUCGUCUCACUAAUUGCGGACGAACCUAAAAUUAUUAUAAUUGUGGAAUAAUUAGGAAAUAAAUACAUGAAAGUCUUCUUCUCUAGUUACCACAUAACUUAUAUAUCCACCCACCCACCCACCAAACCCCACCGUCGUCUGUAUCUCUCCCACCCGUACAUAUUUACGUAUCGUAUCACUUUACGUUUUUUUGCUCUAGAUAUUAUUAUUAAAAUUAUUGUCAUUAUUAUAUUAUAUUUAUCAAACCAAGUAAAUACGAUUCACGCAUACAAAAUACAAAUGUCAGAAUUUACUAGCUUUUUCAUGGAAUAAAAGCUUUCCAACGGAAUAAAAAAAAUUAUCAUGUUCUCUGA